AUGGCUUACUAUGACAUAUAAACUAAUGUGAAUGGUUUCCUCCAACAAAAAAAUUUCGUUUCAAUGGUUUGCUAAAAAAGAUGACACGUGGCAUUGACUUUGAUAGAAAAAUUUAGACUGUCAUGUGGAUUGGCUAUGUAGACUAUGUUAAAAUGUAUGCGUAGGAGAGAAGAUAGGAGAUAUGAGACAUUAGAUUCUAAUUCUAUUUUUUAUUUUGAAAUUAUGUCAUUUUAGAUAAUUUUUUAGAGAAAAUUUCACUCACCUUGUAAUAAUAAAAUUUAAUGAAUUAAGUUUUUUGGUUGAAUAAUUAAGAUUUUAUUUGAUUGUGGUUAUGUUUUCGUACUUUAAUAUGUCAUAAAUGGUGUAAUUAACAAAAAAAAAAAAAAAGUUUGCCAUAAAUGAUGAUUUAACUAUGAUUGCUUCAACCUUGCAUUGUCACGUGUAACCUUUUCUUUGUAUUGAAUUUUGAUAUGUCAUGCGUAUGGUCUCAUUUUACUUAUCCUCAACUGUAUGUAUAGAGGAUAUACCUGAAAAAUUAUUUACAAACGAGUUCAGUUUUUCUAUAUAGAAUUUUUAAAAUUAUCAGUGAAAAUAGACUCUGGCAUGCAAGACACAUAUUGUUCGCGGAUUCUUCGUUUUUACCCUUAAAUGUUGUUAUUCACAUGUGAGUAACAAGUGACUUUGUUGAUUAAGGGAGUAAUAUAGGGUUUGGAACAAUAAGAAGGCUGUUUCAAUUUGGCUUAAAUUUUAGUCUUUCUAUUUUUAUUUUUUUUAAAUCUGAAGUUUUGGUCUCUUCAUUUUAAAAAUCAGAUUUUUUUAUCCUCCACCCUACUUUAGGGUCAAUUUUAAUGUUGUGGCAGUGCUUAGGUGAACAAAUUUAAUUUACAUUUUUUACUCAAAAAAAAUAAAAUAAAUUUACAUUUUAUUACUAGUUUAUAAAAUUUUAAUAAUAAAUUAUUAAAAUUAAAUCAGUUAUAGCAAUUAUAGAAUUAGAACACUAACUCCUCAAUCAACUCCUUCAAACUUGGGUUUUAUUUUUUAUAUCAACAGUGUAUCUCUGCACGAACUAUAGGCUAACACGCAUUCCAUGACAGUAAAAAAAUAUUAACAUAUUUGUUGUUCAUCGAUGUUGAGUACUUUAGAAUCUGGAAUAGAAAAUUGGGGCCGUGUUCCUGCUCUUGGAUGUGAACCCACUUUCAUUUCAGACUUGGCAGAUGCUGUAAUUGAGAGUCUCCCAUAUGUUGGUGCAAUGGCCGUUUCAAACCCUGAAGCUCGACAGUCUUUGGUUCCCCUGGGCAGUGUAGAAGAGUUAUUGGUAGCAUAUGACUCACAACAUAGGGAGUGCCACCACCAAUAUUGGUGUGGAAAUGGGAAUGGACAAGGAGUGCUGAAACUUGGAAUGGAAGAGCAGCUAUGAUUGCUGUGUUGCUUCUGUUGUUUUUAGAAGUCACCACCGGAGAGGGAUUUUUGCACCAGUGGGGAAAUAUUGCCCUUAUUUAGGUGAACAUGAAUGAGUCCUUCGCUACCCUCCACACAACGGCAAUGGAAUUUAGUUUUUCCUGUAUAUGUAUACCAUUAGCAUCACAUAUGCUGCGUAUAAUCGAAGUCAUGCACUAAGAAGGAAUUCUAAAAUCUAAUUUAGACACAACAUUUGUGGAUGGAAAGAGAAAAGUAAUGUAUAGUGAUUUCCUCUUGUAUGUAUGAUGAGGGCAUAAUUGUCCAUGACACAAGUGCUUCAAUUCAAGGGCUAGGAAGACCAAUGACAAGGGCAAGGGCCAAGAAAGCUAAGGAGGCGCUAACUCAAUUGGUGGCAAACUUCUUGGAGUUCAAACCUACACUAGGAAGCAUGAAGGGUAGAAUGAUCAUGUGCAUCAAACCAUUGGAGGAGGGGUGGAGCGCAUCUCUUGCAGCCCAUUUUAUCUAGUUAUAUUGUUAUGUUGUAAUAAAAAGUGAAAGGGUACAUUAUUUGGCCCAAAGACACUUAGUUAAGUCUUCCCUAAUUUUAAGGUCAUCUUAAAGCUUCCAAACUUGGAAUGGUAAA